AAUUAUGAAUUAUUAUUUGAAAUAAAUUAAAAAGAAAAAAAAAUCUAUCUAUUUAUAAUGGAGCGAGUGAAAUAUUAAAAAGAAAAAGCUGAAAUUAAUGCUCGACAUUGGAAUUCUAUGCUUCUAUUGCCAGUUGUCCUUAGAAAAUCCACUUGUAAUUUGGCCAUAGAUUAACCUGAAAAUCGGGUAAGAUGGCAGAUAAGAGCAAGAUUUUAUUCAUAGGAGGGACAGGAUACAUAGGCAAAUUCAUCGUGGAAGCAAGUGCCAAAGCUGGUCAUCCCACCUUUGCUCUUCUUAGAGACUCCACUCUCUCCAAUCCACACAGAUUCUCCAUCAUCACCACCUUCAAGAAUUUAGGCGUCCAGUUUCUCAUUGGAGAUUUACAUGAUCACCAGAGCUUAGUAAAUGCAAUAAAACAAGUGGAUGUUGUGAUUUCUACGGUAGGCCAUGCUUUGUUGCCUGAUCAAGUCAAGAUCAUUGCUGCCAUUAAAGAAGCUGGAAAUGUUAAGAGGUUUUUUCCUUCAGAAUUUGGAAAUGAUGUGGAUCGUGUUCACCCUGUUGAACCUGCAAAAACAUCAUAUGACACCAAGGUUAAAAUCCGGCGAGCUGUUGAGGGUGAAGGGAUACCAUACACCUAUGUGUCUUGCAACUUCUUUGCAGGCUACUUUCUUUACAAUUUAGCACAGCCUGAAAUUACUGCUCCCCCAAGAGAUAAAGUUGUCAUAUUAGGAGAUGGAAAUGCAAAAGCCAUUUUUAACGAGGAAAAUGAUAUCGGUACCUACACUAUUAGAGCAGUUGAUGAUCCAAGAACCUUGAAUAAAACACUCUAUAUUAGCCCUCCUCAGAACAUCAUCUCAUUCAAUGAUCUCGUGUCCCUAUGGGAGAAAAAGAUGGGCAAAACCCUUGAGAGGAAAUAUAUUCCUGAGGAACAAGUUCUGAAGAAUACUCCAGGCAAUGUGAUGUUAGCACUGGAGCAUGCGGUUUUUGUUAAGGGAGGUCAAACCAACUUCGAGAUUGAACCAUCAUUGGGAGUAGAAGCUUCUGAACUUUAUCCUAAUGUCAAAUAUACUAGUGUGGAUGAGUACCUGAAUCAGUUUGUCUGAAUCUUCAAUAUCAGUUUUUGCUCUUGCAUUUGACAAUUUUGCAAUUGUUGCGGUUGAAUGCUCAUAUAAGCCCAAGAUCAACUUUAAAUGAUCUUAAGAGAGCUCUUUAACUUA